AUGGCUAGGCACGAGGGUGCCAAAGGAGACACAAAGUUUGUGUGCCGCAAGGCGAUGUGGCUAGGUACGGGGGUGCCGAAGGGAAGGAAUGCAUAUGUGCUUAGUGGACGCCGAAGGGCACUAGAGGAAGAGAAGAACAACAAAGCUUCUUGUGUUGAUUCCCACAGACGGCGCCAAACUGUUGAUGCUCUUUUUGGGAGGUCAACUUAG